AUGCGCUCGGUAGCGCUCAUCGCUCUCCUCCCGGCUCUGGCCUCGCUCGCCACCGCCGCCCCACACGACCACUCGGCUCGCCACGCAAGCGCAUCACGCGACUCGCGCAAGUCGCUCGCGUUCGGUCCCAACCACGCCCACCAGCACUUUGAGGCCAACCCCGACUACCAGCACCACGCCCUCAAGUCCAGGUCCAUCCACGAGCUCAACCCUCGCGAGAUCGCCACAGACUUCAUCGCCGCCCAGAUCAACGCCGUCGAAGGCGAGGGCUUUUACAUCCGCCCAGACACCUACACGGACCCCAGCACCCGCGUAACCCACGUCUACGCUCGCCAGCUUAUCAACGGUCUCGAGGUCUCGGACGGUGACAUCAACGUCAACGUCGACCGCUCCGGCCGCAUCCUGUCGUGGGGCAACUCGUUCGCUCCCGCCAGCGCUACCAGCCUCCGUCCCGACGCCACGGCCCACCGUCGCCGCGCCUGUGCCGCCGUUGAGAAGGCCCUCGACGCUCACCGCGACGCUCUCGCCGCUGCAAGCCCUUACGAGGGUGCCUGGGGCAUCGUCAAGGCUGCCGCCAAGGAAUGGUUCCCCAUCCUGGCCGAGGAGGAGUCUGGCGAGGACGCUGAGCUUAUCCGUCGCAACAUUCGCAAGGUCCAGGACCACUUUGAGGCCAUUUGCGUUACCCCGCCUCCCAAGAGCGAGGGCCUCACCUCCACCGAGGCGCUUGCCCUCCUCCUUGCCCGCAUCUCGCCCGAGCUCACUGCUAUCAACCCCGACGACAUUUCGUCGACCGUCAAGCACGACUUCAAGCCCAAGGCUGCUCCGGCUGAGCCCCCUACCGAGAUUCUCUCGGGUGCCGCCCUCAAGGCCGCCGAUGUCGUUUCCGACGUUCCCGUCCGCCUCAUGAUGACCCAGACCGGUGCCGAGCCCCGUGUCGUCUACAAGUUUGAGGUUGAGAUGAAGGACAACUGGUACGAGGCCUACGUCGACGCCAUCAGCGGUGACAUUAUCCGUAUCGUCGACUGGGCUGCCGACUUCUCCGACCACGAGCACGAGCUCAAGGGCGGCAAGCAGAAGCCCAUCCCCGUCCCCUCGGCCAAGGCCGAGUACUACGUCUUCCCUUGGGGUGUCAACGACCCCACCACUGGCAAGCCCUCGCUCGAGUCUGGUUAUGACAGCGUCGCUUCGCCUCUUGGCUGGCACACGUUCCCCACUGUGGCCAACCCUUGGCCCUCGACCAAGUUCCCUGGUUCGACCAAGUCCAAGGACGAGACCACUGUGGCGUCGACCGUCGGCAACAACGUCGUCGCCCACGAGGACUGGGAGGGCCGCAACGCGUUCCUUGAGAACUACCGCCCCGUCAACGAGUCGCUGAGCUUCGUCUACGAGUACGGCGAGCCCGACGGCCUUGCACCCAAGGAGUACAUCGACUUUGUCGUCACCCAGCUCUUCUACACCUGCAACCAGUACCACGACCUCCUUUACCGUCUCGGUUUCGACGAGGUGUCGGGCAACUUCCAGAUGCACAACUUUGACAAGGGCGGUCGCGGCAGCGACCCCGUCAUUGCCAACGCACAGGACGGCUCGGGCUACAACAAUGCAAACUUCAUGACCCCUCCUGACGGACAGGCGCCCCGCAUGCGCAUGUACGUCUGGGACACUGCCACUCCUUACCGUGACGGUGACCUCGAGGCCGGUAUUGUCAUCCACGAGUACUCGCACGGUCUCUCGACCCGUCUCACCGGUGGUCCCGCCAACUCGGGCUGUCUCGGCUGGGGUGAGGCCGGUGGCAUGGGUGAGGGCUGGGGUGACGCCAUCGCCACCCUCAUCCGCCAGGUCGUCGAGCACAAGCAGUUUGAGAACGGCACCGACACCUUCCCCAUGGGUUCGUGGGCUGCCAACCAGGAGACUGGUAUCCGCAACUAUGUCUACUCGACCAACUCGACAGUCAACCCCUCGACAUACAAGACCCUCGACCGCCCUGGCUACUGGGGUGUCCACGCCAUUGGCGAGGUCUGGGCCGAGUUCCUCUUUGUCCUCAACCAGCGUCUGAUUGAGAAGUACGGCUUCUCCAAGACCCUUUUCCCUCCCGAGGACACUUCGGUCCCCAACGACUACUACACCAAGACCUCGACCGAGUCGGUCGACGAGUUUGGUGUCCCCGCCCCGCUUGUCCCCAAGCACGGUAACACCCUCGUCCUCCAGCUCAUCAUCUCGGCCAUGAAGCUCCAGCCUUGCCGCCCCAGCUUCUUCAACGCCCGUGACGCCAUCAUCCAGGCCGACGAGAUCCUCACCGGUGGUGACAACCACUGCAUCAUCUGGGACGCCUUUGCCGAGCGCGGCCUCGGCGCCGACGCCCGCAUCGACGGCCAGACCCCUUGGGGCGGUGGUGUCCGCGCCGACGGCUUCAAGGUCCCCUCCAAGUGCAAGUAA